AUGGCGUCGUACGUGGAUAACAGCUUCCGCCAGGCGGUGAUGAAGAACCCGGCGGAGAGGAGCCCCCAGGAUUUGGAGAUAGUGUAUUCUUAUUUACAUGGAAUGGAAGCCUUGUCUAAUCUGAGGGAACACCAACUCAGGCUGAUGUGUGAAACUGUGAGAUAUGAAAGGCAUGAAGCAAACGAAGUUCUGUACUACCCUGAUGAUAUUGGCUCCUGUUGGUAUAUCCUGCUGUCUGGUUCAGUAUUCAUCAAAGAAUCUAUGUUUCUUCCAAGGAGCAGUUUUGGCAAGCGUUCUGCAGGAAGCUUCAGGCGUGGCUGUGAAUGCAUUGUUUUAGAGCCAUCUGAAAUGAUUGUGGUGGACUAUAUGGAUGAAAAUGAAGAAUAUUUCCAGCGUCAAGCUUCCCAUAGACAAUCCCGAAGGAGAUUUAGGAAAAUCAAUCAAAAAGGAGAAAGACAAACCAUUAUUGAUACUGUGGAUCCUUAUCCUGUGGGGAAGCCACCUUUACCUAGAGGUUAUCAUACGGAAUGCACUAAACCUCAGCUUCCUGCAGAUUUCACAAAACUGCAUCUUACUGACAGUCUCCAUCCACAGGUGACCCACGUUACCUCUAGUCACUCAGGAUGUAGCAUCACUAGUGAUUCUGGAAGCAGCAGCCUUUCUGAUAUCUACCAGGCCACAGAAAGUGAGGCUGGUGAUAUGGAUCUGAGUGGGUUACCAGAGACUGCAGUGGAUUCUGAGGAUGAUGAUGAUGAAGAAGACAUUGAGAGGGCGUCAGACCCUCUGAUGAGCAGGGAUAUUGUUAGAGACUGCCUGGAGAAAGACCCAAUAGACAGGACAGAUGAUGACAUUGAACAACUAUUGGAAUUCAUGCAUCAGUUGCCUGCUUUUGCCAACAUGACAAUGUCAGUGAGGAGAGAACUUUGUGCUGUGAUGGUAUUUGCAGUUGUGGAGAGGGCAGGAACCAUAGUACUAAAUGAUGGGGAAGAGCUGGACUCCUGGUCAGUUAUAUUGAAUGGUUCUGUGGAAGUGACAUAUCCUGAUGGAAGAACAGAGAUACUGUGUAUGGGAAACAGUUUUGGUGUUUCCCCUACCAUGGACAAGGAAUACAUGAAAGGAGUGAUGAGAACCAAAGUGGAUGACUGCCAGUUUGUCUGCAUAGCCCAACAAGAUUACUGCCGCAUCCUCAAUCAAGUGGAAAAAAACAUGCAGAAGGUAGAAGAGGAGGGGGAGAUUGUUAUGGUGAAGGAGCACAGGGAGCUUGAUCGCACUGGAACAAGAAAGGGUCACAUUGUCAUCAAGGGAACAUCAGAAAGGUUAACAAUGCAUUUGGUGGAAGAGCACUCAGUGGUGGAUCCAACAUUUAUAGAGGAUUUCCUUUUGACCUACAGGACCUUUCUUUCCAGCCCAAUGGAAGUGGGCAAGAAAUUGUUGGAGUGGUUCAAUGACCCUAGCCUCAGGGAUAAGGUUACACGGGUAGUAUUGUUGUGGGUGAACAAUCACUUCAAUGAUUUUGAAGGAGAUCCUGCUAUGACUCGAUUUCUAGAGGAAUUUGAGAACAAUUUGGAAAGAGAGAAAAUGGGUGGACAUCUGAGGCUAUUAAAUAUUGCAUGUGCUGCUAAAGCUAAACGAAGAUUGAUAACAUUAACAAAGCCAUCUCGAGAAGCCCCUUUGCCUUUUAUCUUGCUGGGAGGGUCAGAAAAGGGAUUUGGAAUCUUUGUUGACAGUGUGGAUUUAGGUAGCAAAGCCACAGAAGCAGGCUUGAAACGUGGUGACCAGAUACUGGAGGUGAAUGGUCAAAACUUUGAAAACAUUCAGCUGUCAAAAGCCAUGGAAAUUCUUAGAAAUAAUACUCAUUUAUCUAUCACUGUGAAAACCAACUUAUUUGUUUUUAAAGAACUUCUAACAAGAUUGUCAGAGGAGAAAAGAAAUGGUGCUCCCCAUCUACCUAAAAUUGGUGAUAUUAAAAAGGCCAGUCGUUACUCUAUCCCAGACCUUGCUGUUGAUGUGGAGCAGGUGAUAGGACUAGAAAAAGUAAAUAAGAAAAGUAAAGCCAACACUGUUGGAGGGAGAAACAAACUAAAGAAGAUACUUGACAAAACUCGAAUCAGUAUCCUGCCUCAGAAACCAUACAAUGACAUUGGAAUUGGCCAGUCGCAGGAUGACAGCAUUGUAGGACUGAGGCAGACCAAACACAUUCCUCCUGCUUUACCUGUCAGUGGAACCCUGUCAUCCAGUAAUCCAGAUUUAUUGCAGUCACAUCACCGCAUCUUAGAUUUCAAUAGUACUCCAGACUUACCAGACCAAGUUCUGAGGGUUUUCAAGGCAGACCAGCAAAGUCGCUAUAUUAUGAUUAGUAAGGACACAACAGCAAAGGAAGUGGUCAUUCAGGCGAUUAGAGAGUUUGCUGUAACUGCUACUCCCGAUGCAUAUUCUUUGUGUGAAGUCUCUGUCACUCCAGAGGGUGUAAUCAAGCAAAGGAGGCUUCCGGAUCAGCUAUCCAAGCUUGCUGAUAGGAUACAGCUAAGUGGCAGGUAUUAUCUGAAAAACAACAUGGAGACAGAAACAUUGUGUUCAGAUGAAGAUGCUCAGGAGUUACUGCGGGAAAGUCAAAUUUCCCUACUGCAGCUCAGUACUGUUGAGAUGGCUGCUCAGCUCUCCAUGCGAAACUUUGAGCUGUUUCGUAACAUUGAACCCACAGAGUACAUAGACGACCUGUUUAAACUCAAAUCUAAAACCAGUUGUGCUAACUUGAAAAAGUUUGAAGAAGUGAUAAACCAAGAAACAUUUUGGGUAGCAUCUGAGAUUCUAAGAGAAACCAACCAGCUAAAAAGAAUGAAGAUCAUUAAACACUUCAUUAAGAUAGCACUGCACUGCAGGGAAUGCAAGAACUUCAACUCCAUGUUUGCAAUUAUCAGUGGCCUGAAUUUGGCACCGGUUGCAAGGCUCCGCACUACUUGGGAAAAACUUCCAAGCAAAUAUGAGAAGCUGUUUCAAGAUCUUCAAGACUUGUUUGAUCCAUCUAGGAACAUGGCAAAAUAUCGUAAUGUCCUGAACAGCCAAAACCUACAGCCUCCCAUUAUUCCUCUCUUUCCUGUUAUCAAAAAGGACCUUACAUUCCUCCAUGAAGGAAAUGACUCAAAAGUGGAAGGCUUGGUCAAUUUUGAGAAGCUGAGAAUGAUUGCAAAAGAAAUUCGUCAUGUUGGUCGAAUGGCUUCUGUUAACAUGGAUCCUGCUGUAAUGUUCAGGACUAGGAAGAAGAAAUGGAGGAGUUUGGGGUCUCUCAGCCAGGGCAGUACAAAUGCAGCAGUGCUAGAUGUUGCACAAACAGGGGGACACAAAAAGCGGGUACGUCGCAGCUCCUUUCUCAAUGCCAAAAAACUGUAUGAAGAUGCUCAAAUGGCACGAAAAGUGAAGCAGUACCUCUCUAACUUGGACCUGGAAAUGGAUGAAGAGAGCCUCCAGACACUGUCUCUGCAGUGUGAGCCAGCCACCAACACAUUACCGAAGAAUCCAGGGGACAAACGGUCUGGGAAACAGGAAACGUCACCAGUGGCACCUAGGGCAGGAAUUCAGCAGAAGGUGCAGCAGCAGCAUAAAAUAAACCAAGCAUUGCAGGUCCCUGCUGUGUCCCUCUAUCCCUCUCGCAAGAAAGUACCAGUCAAAGACCUCCCACCAUUUGGCAUUAACUCCCCACAAGCUUUAAAGAAAAUUCUUUCAUUGUCUGAAGAAGGAAGUUUGGACCGUCACAAGAAACAAGCUGAAGACACAAUAUCAAAUGCAUCUUCACAGUUGUCUUCUCCUCCCACAUCACCACAGACCUCUCCAAGGAAAGGUGGCAGUGGCAAUCAGCUGAGAUAUUAUGGCUCCAGACAGUCGGAUCUAACCAGUUCCUCCUCUUCUCUCGGAAGUUAUACUUUGGCUCCUAGUGGCACCGUGGAUAACUUUUCAGAUUCUGGUCACAGCGAAAUUUCUUCCAGAUCUAGUAUUGUCAGCAAUUCUUCAUUUGACUCCAUGCCAGUGUCACUGCAUGAUGAGAGGAGACAGAGGCAUUCUGUCAGCAUUGUGGAGACUAAUCUUGGUGUGGGUAGAAUUGAUAGAAGAGCCAUGAUUGAACCAGAUCAAUACAGCUUAGGUUCAUAUGCACCACUGUCAGAGAACAGAGGCCUGUAUGCUGGAGCAACUGUGCUUUCUUCUCCCAGUACAGAAGAGCUAUCACAGGAUCAGGGGGAUCGCGCUUCACUUGAUGCCGCAGACAGUGGCCGUGGCAGCUGGACUUCUUGCUCAAGCGGUUCUCAUGACAACAUACAGACAAUACAACACCAGAGAAGCUGGGAGACUCUUCCUUUUGGACAUGUUCAUUUCGAUAGUUCAGGCGAUGGGGCAGGAUUAUGGGCCUCAGGCAGUCAUAUGGACCAGAUGAUGUUCCCCGAUCAUGGCACAAAAUAUGGCAGGCAGAGUCAAGGUAGGGAGGGCCUUGAUCAAGCACAGUCCAGAGCAAGCUGGGCAUCCUCAACAGGCUACUGGGGAGAGGACUCAGAAGGUGAUACAGGUACCAUAAAGCGGCGGGGUGGGAAGGAUGUUUCAAUUGAAGCUGAAACCAGUAGCAUAACAUCUGUAACAGCAGAGGAGUCAAAGCCAGCUCCCAUGUCCUCUCAUAUAACUAUAUCAUCAAGUAGUGCAAAGGGGCUUAUUGCACGAAAAGAAGGUCGAUAUCGAGAACCACCUCCAACUCCCCCUGGUUAUGUAGGAAUACCUAUUGCAGACUUUGCUGAAGGAGUUUCCCAGCCAACUAGAAAACCUCCGGAUUACAACAUAGCACUUCAGAGGUCUAGGAUGGUAGCACGGACAUGUGAGAUCCAUGGGACUUCAACUUUGCAGCAGCAAUCACAAGGUCACUCAGCUAGCAGGCCUGUGAACAAACCUCAGUGGCACAAACCAAACGAGUCAGACCCACGUCUUGCUCACUAUCAGACUCAAGGGUUUUCCACAGAGGAGGAUGAAGAUGAACAAGUCUCUGCCGUCUAA